CCAGUGAGUGUGGGGAUUGGUCUCUGACAUUUGGGGGCCCAAGCCUGUUCAAGAUGAAUGGCUUGCAAUGCUUCCUAGCAAUUGCUUUGAAGCGACCAGAUGCUGCACGAUUGGUCACAAGCUGCCGUAGAGCAUUCGAGGACCAGAGCAAGCCAUGCAAGUCUGAGUCUAGAUGACAUCGAUGAAGAGAACAGUGAGGACGAAACGUAUGAAGAAGCUGAACGGAUAAGCGGCUGCUGGCGGGUUGGCCUGUGCAUUGGCUACAUCGUUCCUACAUGGGGCCACCUCACUCUUGCCAACGUAGGCAAGUCUUGGGCUGCCGGAGCGCUUGCACUAUGGCAUUGCUAUCUUUUUGUGGCUUCCAGCAUGUUGAUCUUUGUGAACUGUUCAACCGCGUUGCUACGGUUUUACACUGACUGGUUUGCAGGCAACAGUAGCUUCCAUUCAGAUUCUCCAUAUGCUACAUCCCUGCAUUUCUUGGGCGCUUUUGCCCGGUCAUGCAUUUUGCUCUCUGUGACGAGCGAUUUGCUCCGUUUCGCGUACCUGCUUUGCAAGGAUGCUUGGAGAGCAGAUGCCUUUGAAGCCUACCGCAGGCUGGUUGUUCAGGAUUCCAAAAAGGAGCUAGAUGAAGGAGAAUUCUACACCCACAGCUGGUCGGUUUGCCUUACCCGCGCUCAACAGAGCUGGGAUGUGAUGUUCCAGUGCUUGCUGCAUGUGUCCUUGAACUUAGUGCCGAUGGCUUUACUCAUGCAGAGCCCCAUUGAGAUUGUGAGCUACAGACUGAUUUGCAAGAUCUGCUUGGGCAUUGGAGUCACCCAUAUUUUAGCUUUUUAUUUGCUUUGGCUCUUCGGUGAGCUCUCUCUGAAGCUGCGGGCCUUCCUUUCCGCCUGGCGGGCCGCCCGUGGCCUGAAAACACCGCAGUCACGGACCAGCACACGUGAUACUGGGAGCAUUUGGAUGUCACCACAGGAUUUACAGUUUUCCUCCACAUCGGCAGAGCGCAGGUCCAUUUGCCUGCUGUGCUGCACCAUCUUCCACUGGUUGGAGUUCCUCUUGCCAGUUUUGGUUGGCACUAUGGUCUUGAUUUUGGGCUUUGCGUUCCACAGAACCAGCCUUCUGAUAAUAGGAGGCGUGAUGGCCCUCCUGGUCGCCAUUCUGAUGGUGUUGAACUUUUGCCUUUUUGACGGUGCCAUGGAGGGAGACGAGUGCACUCCAACGUGGAUGUAUAAAUGUUUUCCUCACCCAGAGAUCCUGCAGGCUUGGGGCGAGAAGUGGUGUUGUUUGGGCUUCCAUGCGCAGAAGCGUCAGCGUUAUCAUUCUGCGAUGAUGCUCUUCGUCUCAGCCUCCGUCUUCGGAGCCUUUCAUUUCCCGACCUUGGCCAUCACCUGCAUGAGCCUUCUUUGCUACAUGUUUUUGCGCAUGCUUUGGAUGCAUGUGGAGGGACAACUGGGAUGGCUCUUUGCCUUCCUCGAGUCCAUUGUGAACAACACAGCUUUGGCCUGUCUUCUCAUUUUGACAGCAAGCAAACAUGGGCUGAAAGACUUCGCCGUCUUUGUGCUCCUGUCGUUCAUGAGGCAGUUCGGCUACCAGCGGGCUAUCUCAGCUGGUGAGCGGGUGCGUGUGGCCAGCACCAUCAUUUUGGGCACGGUUCACAUGCUUUUCGUGGUGCUUGUUUGUGUUGCCCUGCGGAGCUUUUGGGAAGAGCAGGCCUGGAGUGCUUUCGGAACACCGAUGAAUGCGACAACGUUCGUCUCAAUCCCCGCAGAGCCCGCAUACGACCCAUCGCUUCCGAGUCAAUUGCCGUUGUGCUUGGUGCGCUUUCCAUACGGACAUCCCCCAGCUUCUAAAGUGAAGCCGCCUGUAUUGAGCUUGGUCGACUUUGCUUUGAUGGUAUCCCUUACAUAUGAAUCCGCAGACCGAGCAGAAGAGGGCUGUGUGCACUACUUCCCUGGUCAGUGGCACAUAGAGGCCAGGCCGGACGAUGCUAGAGUUGAACCAUGGGUCGACUGGGUUAGAUUCUUGAUGUUCACAUCGCAAGACAACUACACCACAGUGAUUGCUGUCCGUGGAACCGUGACUUUUGUGGAUGUGUUGCAAGAUGUAUCUUUGUGGCUGGUUCCAGCUCUUAUGGAAACCAUGAAUAUGUUCGGGCCUGAUAUCAAUUCUGGCUCUUGGGGCAAGUCGAUUGCAACGCUGUCAGAGCUAAUCCCGACGGCUCACUCUGCCGAAGAAAAUACCUUCAAGUCUGUCCUUGUGGCGACUGAGUUCAUGAUGAGAAAGUAUCCCGAAAGAACCUUCUACCUUGCAGGGCAUUCACUGGGUGGUGGCAUUGCACGGCUUGUUGAGUUAGAGUUGCCUUGGCCUGAGAAGCUGCUGACCAUCACCUUUGCCUCUCCUGGCGUUCACUAUGCUGUCCGUGUACUCUUUGGGCAGUUGCCUGAGUCACGGCUUCAGCAACUGGAGCAGGAUGACCAGGGCAGUUUGAACGUGAAGCCUGUCAAUGAUGUGAUUUCCCUCAUUGAUGCCGAGACGGGCAAUACUUUGCUUUCACCCUGCCAUGGAAGAGCGUGGCAGUGCCAUAGCAUUUUCAAGAUUUUGGGGGGUCUAUUUAGCGUCUGCGGGUCAAUGACACACGCCAAUUUGACGGUACCCUGCGGUUGGACACCAGCAACUGCAUGCCGAAGUGGCCAAUGAAGUCAGAGCAGCAUAGCAGCCUGCGAGAGCACCCCCAAG